AUGUUUCCAUCAAAUUCUCAUCGUCGAAGUAGUUAUAUUCAAAGUGGCAGAAAAACUUUGCGUAAUGAUCAUUUAGAUUUACUUCAUUUACUAAAACGUCAAGACGAGAACGAUGAAACAGGAAAAGAUGAGACAUUUUCACACAACCCGAUCAUACCAAAGCCCAACUUUUUAUCCCAGGAAGUCACAGAAAACUCGUCAAAUGAUUCAAAUGGAAAUGGGAAUGGAAAAAAUGGGGAUAUAAUACGUCAAGGAUUAAUUGGUUUUGGAAUAGUACUUACGGGAAUAGUCGCAAUAACAAUGAUAAUUGGUGUGAUAGCAUACAUUUAUCGUGAAAGGUUAAUUCGUAGGCGAAGGUCCAAAUUAAAUGCUCAAAAAGUUAGAAUGAUUUCACGCAAAAAUUCUAAUCAUUAUAGAAGUAUUAUUAGCCUUUAUACGGAUAAUUUUAAGAAAUUCAAUGAGUAUGAUGAUCAUGAAUCAAGCGACAUGACGGAAGUUUCGAAUACUAGUAAAAAUAAUGUUACGAGUAACCCUUCCACCAAAAUUAUUAGAAAUAUAAGUCUUGAUUCUAAUGCUAGCAUAAAGAUGUCAAACGCUACAACAAUUGAAACUCCAAAUUCAAAUAUUCAUCCAAUAUCAUCACCAAUUGCAUUCCCCUCUGCUAGUAUGUAUAGUAAUGAAAGAGCAAGUUCUUUGGCAAAUAAUAUAGCAAAAUCAAAUGUUUUCCAAGCGACAAGACCUGCUCCUCCAGCUCCCGUUCGUUCGCCAAUCAAAACGAAGCAACAAAAGAACCUUCAAAGGACGUUUCAAAUACAUUCAAAUACUUCCUUUGCUCUAAGCCCGGAAGGCAAUUUAAUUCAUCCAAUGCCCACUGCUUCUUCAUACUACGUACAAGGUACCCCCCCGGUAGACACAGAGACGGAGUCGUUCAUAAAACCAAAGGAUUCUCCAACAAUACCAUUAAAUAUGUCACGUCAAGAUGAUUAUAUUCGAGCCGCACCAUCCCAAAAUUCCUUAAUUCCUUCUUUCCCUUCUCCUCCUUCUUCUACUCCUUCUAGAUAUUCUGAUUACAAAAGUAAUUUAUAUAAUGUUGAAUAUGAAAAUUAUUUAUCACCUACGGAAAGUGCAAAAAAUUCCAUUUAUAUUUUGGAUGGACCAACUAAUCUGUCUGAAGUUCGUAUUACCACAGAACAUUUAGGUAUAAAUUUUGAAAGUUUAUUUUCAUGUCAAUCAGAUGUUGAUAACUCUGUUCAACAAUUAAAUAAUUGUUUUGAAUCUCACAAGCAUAGUAAAGAAAUGACGCAAGACAAGGAUUUGAAUCAUGUGACUAAACUUAAGGAUGAUAAAGGUAGUUCGAAUAAUAAUAAUACGAUUACUUAUUAUCUUACAGGGUAA